AUGGGUGUGAUCAGCCAGUCAGAAGUGAACCUGAUUGGGGAUGUCUGCGACAAGAUGCUCUUCAAGAACCCAUCCCGAUCAGUCCUGGUGUUGAUCCCGCCCCUCUUAGUGGGCGCAGACUCUGGUGGCAGUCUUCGCAAAGACAUCAGGAGGCUCGAGGAUAAGCUCAUUGCCAACAAGAUCGAAUUGAGGCCAUUUACCCUGAAUCUGAGCCUUGAUGACCUCCACAAGAACCGUGAGUUGCCCAGCGCCUACAUUUGCUACCUGGGUGUGCCAGACUCUACGCUGCCUCUCAAGGGCACUGCCCACAGAAGCGUGCGCGGUGCGCCCGAGAUCGAGCAGUCCCUGCCGACGCCCUUUCCUGGAGCAUUGUCGGAGAAAGAGUUCGUGGUGCCAGGUGAGUCGCUCCUCUCCAACGACACCAGGCGCAAUCUGACAGACUUGCAAGAGACAAGUCAGUGGAUCGGAGGAGGGCGGGUGCCAACUGCGAUUCUGACCGCGCUGUUCAGUGGAGUGAAGGCACCGCAGGGAGCUGUCAUUCUGCAUCCCACUGCCUACGAUGGUUGCUUGGAGUUGGCAGGGAUGAAGCUGGGCCAUGCGAUUCUGAGUUCCAGUCUCAUUGAAGCGAACUACAAGUGUACCAAUGAGAUUGUGAAGUCUCAUCUUCUGCAGGCAUGGAAAUCCAACCAAGCUCCAAUGGACAAGUACAUGCCCAGGUACAAGAAAGAUCCGUCCCCUGAGGAUCUUCCACAGGGCGCGUCAAAGCCUACGCUCAAGAUCUGCCAGGUGGCAGAGGACAGCAACAAGCUGAUCCUGCCAAAGGACAUCAGGCACCAAUUCCUCUCUUGCCCAAUAUGGGGGCAAGAGUGGCGCGACGUAUUGACCAACUUUGACAAGUCCUGGGGUGCACCUUUGGCAGACACUCCAUCUCCAUCGAAACCAAGUCCGAUGAAGACAGAGACGCCGUCGCCAAUCAAGCAGGAGGGGGAUGCAGAGUAUGAUUGGAAGUCUGCCUUCCCGGGUGAACCAGACAUGUUUGAGAAGCUCAAGGAGAAGGUUGGGGGCGCAGAGAAUUUCACUGAAGUGGCAGGGCCAACUUCCACGACUACGUUCAUCAUUGCACCAGGGCCUUCUUUGUAUGUCCAUGCAAAGGAGCCUGUCAAGUUGCCUUGCAACCCUUUGCCUUUCAUCACUCAUGGUGGGGGCACCUGGCUUGUUGGGCAGAAGGCUACCAAGUUCGAGGCAAACAAUCAGGGCAAAGCCAUCCCCUGUUCGUUCACUGACGACAGUGCGCCAGUUGUCCUGGAGGACGAUGGAUCCGACACCAAUCCGAUGGUUCUGUGCGCAGCCCUACAGGCAGUGGAGAAGUCCGGGAUGAUUGACUUCAGCCUGGCAGGACACACCUGUUGCAGGCCACCAGAAGUCCAGCAAGGCCGAUGUGAUGAUCGCUUUUAUGUUGCCCCAACAGAUGAGAAGCUGCUAUGGAAGGCAAAUGCAGUACCGGCUAAGUCCUUGAAGGCAUCCAAUCUGGCUUCGCAUUUCUCUUACCAGCAGCUGAAGGCCAGCCCUUUGGUCCUGGUAUGGCGGCUUCGCAAGUAUGUCACUGAGAAAACGGUUGGAGCGGCGAAGCCGCUGUGGUACCUGCCGGGCGACCUUGGUAUGAUCCAAGGCGGUGCGCAGCGCGUGAUCUAG